AUGUCUUUGAAGUUACCUCAGAAUCCAAACGCUGGGCUGUUCAAGCAAGGUUACAACAGUUAUUCCAAUGCCGAUGGUCAGAUCAACAAGUCUAUUGCUGCCAUCAGAGAGAUUCACCAGAUGUGUUUGAGUUCCAUUGGUCCGUGUGGUAGAAAUAAGGUUAUUAUUAAUCAUUUGGGCAAAAUCAUUAUUACUAACGACGCUGCCACCAUGUUAAGAGAACUAGAUAUUAUCCAUCCUGCUGUCAGGGUGUUGGUUAUGGCUACUGAACAACAGAAAAUUGAUAUGGGUGAUUGUACUAAUCUCGUCAUGGUUCUUGCUGCUGAGUUGUUGAACGUUGCUGAAAAACUGAUCUCUCUAGGUCUAUCUCCAAUUGAAAUCAUCCAGGGUUAUAAUAUGGCUAAGAACUUUACUUUCAAAGAGCUAGAUUCAAUGGUGGUUAAUGAAAUCGAGGAUAGGAACGAUAAACUAGAGUUGAAGAAAAUUCUGAAACCAGUCAUCGCCUCAAAGCAGUACGGCUCCGAAGACUUACUAAGUGAUUUGGUCGCCGAUGCUGUGGCUCAUGUUCUUCCAAAGAAUGUUCCAAGUGGCCAAAUUCCUUUUUUCAAUGUUGAUUCCGUCAGAGUGGUCAAGAUUAUGGGUGGUUCUUUGAACAACUCAACUGUCAUCAAAGGUAUGGUAUUCAACCGCGAACCUGAGGGUCAUCUGAAGUCUUUACCAGCCGGUAUCAAGCACAAAGUCGCUGUUUUCACUUGUCCCCUAGAUAUUGCAAACACAGAGACAAAAGGCACCGUUCUAUUACACAAUGCGGAGGAAAUGUUGAAUUUCUCAAAAGAUGAAGAAAAACAGAUCGACAACAUGAUGAAAGAAAUCGCCGAUAUGGGCGUCACUUGUGUUGUUGCAGGUGCAGGUGUCGGUGAAUUAGCUUUACACUAUUUGAAUAGAUACAAUAUUUUGGUCUUGAAGGUGCCAAGUAAAUUCGAACUGAGAAGAAUAUGUAGAGUUUGUGGGGCUACUCCAUUACCAAGACUGGGUGCUCCAACUCCAGAAGAAAUUGGUAUUAUUGAGACAGUCAAGACUAUGGAAAUUGGUGGUGACAGAGUUACUAUUUUCCAACAAGAAUCAGGUGAAAUUACUAGAACUGCCACAAUUAUCUUAAGAGGUGCUACACAAAAUAACUUAGACGAUAUCGAAAGAGCUAUCGACGACGGUGUUGCUGUCAUUAAAGGUUUGAUGAAACCAGAUGGUGGUAAGUUAUUACCAGGUGCCGGUGCCACUGAAAUCGAAUUGGUUUCAAGAAUUACAAAAUACGGUGAGAGAACCCCAGGUUUAUUACAGUUAGCUAUAAAACAAUUUGCACUAGCAUUCGAAGUCAUUCCACGUACUUUGGCUGAGACUGCCGGUCUUGAUGUGAACGAAGUACUACCAAACUUAUAUUCUGCACACAACGUUACAAACGACGAAGAACAUAAUGAUAUCGACCAUUUAUGUAAAGGUGUCCAGUUAGACGGCGAAUCAGCAGAUGGCGUAACAGACAUUAGAGAAGAAGGCAUUUACGAUGCACUAGCAGCUAAGAAAUUUGCCAUUAACGUUGCCACAGAAGCUGCCAACACAGUGCUGUCCAUCGAUCAAAUUAUUAUGGCAAAGAGAGCAGGUGGUCCAGCCCCUCCAAGCCGUCCAAAGCCAGGCAACUGGGAUCAAGAUGAUUAA